AUGCCAAAACUGGUCCCUUCGGCGGUGUCUACACGCCCCAUUCGCACAUGUCUUCAUCCUCCCCGUCCAGUCAAUUCCCGCAAACACUUCUCGUCGCUUUUCCGGCCGUUAGCGCAAACCCGGCAACAGGGUCUAUUUCCCCCCGAACCCUGGCAGCAAAGUCCCACGAGCUCGCCGACGCUGUUCUCUCAAACGGGACUCAAUCAAUCCCUGCCUAAUGAACAAGGCAAAGACUCCAACGGCGGUGAUCAAAAGCCCCCGGAUGAGCGGGUUCUCAAGCUCGGGAAAACCCUCCGCAUUCUCUCCCCGCUCUUACCAACCCUCCUCGUGAACCCGUUGCCAUCGUCCAUCCUCUCGCCCAGCGUCACCCUCCACCUCUUCCCCUCGACACACCCACACUUACCCACAGUCAAGGGGCGAACGCUGUACCGCGCAGCGCUAUGGACCGUCCCUGUAGCAUGGAGCAGCCUGCCCUUAGUCGGCAACGUCAAGCUCCAGAUCCUCAGCGAGCGCAUGGUCCGCGCCGGAACGGUGCUGGACCCCGAGCGAUGCGGACAUAGUGACGGUGGCGACGAGCGGCUCGUCGUGCGAUGGCGCACCGAGCCCCGGCGCGACGACCACCCACAGCUCCCGAGCUUUGUGGGAACGACUCGAAGUGGCGGCGAACAGCCCGGGCCCAGCCACGCAUCGGCGUCGAAGAACGGCAUCAACAAAGGUCUGAGCGUGCUGUUGGGCGGCGAUGCGCCGAUCUUCAAGCUCGCCAAGGAAGAGCAGUUCACGGGCCUGUUCAUAUUCUCGUUCGACGAGGAGGGCCGCGUGCUGUCGCAUACGAUCGAGCAUGCCGAUAACGCCACCGGUUGGGAGCGCACCGCUAAGUUCGUCACUUUGACGGAUUGGUUGAUCGGAAAGGCGAGAGGGUCGUUGGAUCCCCCUGCUGAGCCGGGCCUGGCUAUCCAGGGUUGCCAGCAGUUCGAGAGUUCUGACGCGAGGGACAGUUCUCGAUCCUCUCGUCGGUGA